AUGCUCGACCUGCUCCUCUUCUGCGCCUCCGUCGCCGUCGGCUUCUAUCUCUUCUACUGGUACCGGAGCGACCUGGCGCGCGCCGCAGAGUCGAUCCAGGACAGCUUCCAAAGCCACGGCGACCUGAUGCGCGCCAUCCGCCGCUGCGGCCUGCGCCGCCUGCGCACCGUACUCGGCGUCGACUUCAGCGCCAGCAACGAGUGGCAGGGAAACCGCACCUUCGGCCAUCAGUGCCUGCACCGCGUGGUGGCGCUCAAGCCGAGCAACCCGUACCAGCGGGCUAUCCAGGCGGUGGGCCGCGCGCUCGAGCCGCUGCUCGACGGCGGUGACGUGUUCGCCUACGGCUUCGGCGACGCCACCAGCCGGGACGCGGGCGUGUUCCCGCUGCGGCCGGACGGCCGGGCGUGCGUCGGCUUCCGCGACGCGCUCAGCAGCUACUCAGCGGCGGCGCGCGGCCGCGUGCUGGCCGGCCCAACCAGCCUCCGGCCGCUGAUCGAGCGGGCCGUGCAGCACGCGCGCCAGCUGCCGGCCGCCGACGACACGAUCGCCGCGCUCGUCGACGCGUCGGCGCACCCGCUCUCUGUCGUGCUGGUCGGCGUCGGCGACGGACCGUGGGACACCAUGGAGGCGCUCGACGACUUCGUGCCGGCGCGGCGCUUCGACAACUUCCAGUUCGUCGACUUCAACCAGGCGUGCGCGCCGGGCGGCGGCGGCGAGCUCGUGUUCGCCAUGCACCUGCUCAUGGAGGUGCCCGAACACUUCCGGCUGCUCUUCGAGAGCUCGCCGACGCGCAUCAUCGCCGGCGACCCGACGCCGCGGCUCCGACGCAAGGUCAUGUCGCUGCGGUAG